AUGCAUUCUCUGAAGCCUUUCGAGCCGUCUCGGGGCGUCUGCGAGUCCCUGCCCAACAAACGGUCCCGCGAGAGGCCUUCCGGACCUAACGCGCGCGGUGAUAAGCCCCAGCGAUCUUCUGACCCCCGAAAUUGCGAAUUUGACACACCAUACAUCCCCUCCAAAGUUUAUUCGACACCACCUGUCGAACCUCUUACGCGACAAGCGCAGAUCACCGAAAUGAUUUAG